GCCUUAGGUUCCCGCAGGCUCAGCAUUCAGUGACCACAGGCUGAUUAUUGUAGGUAAAAUAAUGGAUGGGCGAGCAGAGAUGGAGGUGAUAAGAAGCACAAAAGGAAAUGCAACUGGGGAGGUCAGUGUCCAUUUGGUGGCCAGUGAAAAUACUGUGCAAAAUGCCCACUUACCAGCAACUACCUUCAUCAUACCAGCAACCACAACUACUAUAAACCUUCCAAUGAACACCUUAGAAAUCCAGCGAUUCCCCCGAGAAGCCCAGAAAAACAUGGGGACAGAGAGACCAAGAGAGAGUGUGGGGAACGAGCCCAUCACAGCAACAGUCAUCCCUCAGAUCAGUGGAGUGCAGAUUUGCAACACCAUCCGGGAUCUGGAAUGGAAAGAUGGGAUUGCCACUCUUCCUGGGAGCAACCUAAGGUUUCGAAUAAAUGAAUAUGGGACAGUGAAAGUAGUUAGUGCUGACAAACCUUCACCUGCAGAACCAAUACAGGAAUGUCAGCCAGAAAGAAAUGGGGAUGAUGGAGGGGUACUUACCUGCAAGGGCAAUCCUAUCAGGACUCCAGAAUCAGAUAUUCCAGAGCCUCUUAAACUUCCAACGGUAGACAACCUAUGCCACUGCAAUACCUGUGGCCGAAGAAAUAUUUCUGGGUCAACCCAGGAAGGCCGGGCAUUUUGCAGUGAAAACUGUCACCGGCAGUUCAAAGAAAGGUCUGUCAUUGUGGAGAAUUCUGCUGGCAUCACCAACACUACUGAACUUCUCAAGCCAGUAAAGAAACGGAAGAGGAAAGAUUAUCAAAGCCCUUCAGAGGAGGAAGAGGAAGAAUCAGAGCAAAUGGAACUAAAGCAGGAGGAGAUAAAUGGUUCAGGAGAACUUUCUGCUGUUAAUAAUAGUAAUGAAGAAUGGAAUACUGAUCAGUUUGUUUCCAGUGAAAAGGCAGAAAGUUGGACUUGGGCUUCAUACCUAGAAGAACAAAAAGCCACAGCUGCUCCUUUAAAUUUGUUCCAAGAACACCAGUCGAUUACCCCAAAUAAGAAUGGUUUCAAAGUGGGAAUGAAACUGGAAGGAAUAGAUCCUCAGCACCCCUCAAUGUAUUUUAUUCUCACUGUAGCAGAGGUAUGUGGCUACAGGAUGCGGCUUCAUUUUGAUGGCUAUUCUGAAUGCCAUGAUUUUUGGCUGAAUGCUGACUCUCCCAAUAUUCAUCCUGCUGGCUGGUUUGAGAAAACGGGACACAAACUUCAGCCUCCCAAAGGUUACAAGGAAGAUGAAUUCAGCUGGGCCAAUUACCUGAAGAUUACCAAAGCUCAGGCAGCUCCCAAGCAUCUCUUUGCCAGUCCAGACAGUAAUGAUGCUCCCAUAGGAUUCCAAAUAGGGAUGAAGCUUGAAGCAGUGGACCGUAUGAAUCCUUCUUUGAUUUGCGUGGCCACAGUGACAGAUGUGGUAGACAAUCGCUUUUUGGUGCACUUUGACAACUGGGAUGACACAUAUGACUACUGGUGUGAUCCCAGUAGCCCCUACAUUCAUCCUGUUGGUUGGUGUCAGGAACAUGGAAAACCUCUCACUCCUCCACAAGACUAUCCUGACCCUGAGAACUUCUGUUGGGAAAAAUAUUUGUCAGAAACAGGUGCUUCUGCAGCGCCAACUUGGGCCUUUAAGGUGAGGCAGCCCCAUGGCUUUCUGAUGAACAUGAAACUGGAGGCAGUAGAUCGAAGGACCCCCUCUCUAAUCAGAGUUGGUAGUGUAGAGGAUGUAGAAGACUACAGGAUAAAGAUUCAUUUUGAUGGCUGGAGCCAUAUCUAUGAUUUCUGGAUUGACUCAGAUCACCCAGACAUUCAUCCUGUAGGAUGGUGCUCAAAAACUGGACAUCCAUUACAACCUCCUCUUAGGCCAAAGGAACCUGUCUCCUCUACCAAUGGAAAUUGUCCAACCUUGGCCUGUAAGACCCUCCCACCUACCAAGAGUUCCAAAUAUAGCUUUCAUAGAAAGUGUCCAACACCUGGUUGUGAUGGCUCAGGCCAUGUGACUGGGAGAUUUACAGCUCAUUACUGCAUCUCAGGCUGUCCCCUGGCAGAGAAAAACCAGGGAAGGGUAAAGGCUGAACUUUCAGACACUGAAAACUCUGUUCGAAAAAGGAACCUAAUUGCUUAUUCCCAGAAGAAGAAGUCUCGCCAUCAUGGAAGAGGGCGACCUCCUAAAUAUCGGAAAAUCCAGCAGGAAGAUUUCCAAACCAUUUCAUCCGAAAGUAUGCACCAGUCUCUGUUUAUGUCAGCCUUGUCAGCACAUCCUGACCGUUCCUUAUCCCUCUGCUGGGAUCAGCAUUGUAAGCUUCUGCCUGGAGUAGCUGGGAUCACAGCAUCCACAGUGGCCAAAUGGACAAUUGAUGAGGUUUUCAGCUUUGUACAGACGUUAACAGGUUGUGAGGAUCAAGCAAAACUCUUCAGAGAUGAGAUGAUUGAUGGUGAGGCCUUCCUUUUGCUGACUCAGGCUGACAUUGUGAAGAUCAUGAGCGUAAAGCUUGGCCCAGCACUUAAAAUCUACAAUGCCAUUCUUAUGUUCAAAAAUGCUGAUGACACCUUAAAAUGAACUAGCCAGGACAGCUUUUGACUUUCCUCCACACAGAAACUGCCGGACUCUUUUGUCUGUCUAUCUUGGAUGAAUUGAGACCUUCUUAACUGCUGCAGUUGUAAAAUCCUGCCAACUUGCUCUUUCUGAGUCUUCAUUUUUGUUUACAUGCAGAACUCCUUCCUUUCUCCCUCCCUUCUUAUCUUGGCCUUUUUGAAUUCUGUCCUGAUAACGUUUAAUUGAAAAAUUCCAAGAAUGACUUGCUUGAUGCCAGAAAUCCUGCUAAGUUCUCUUGUUGGUUAUGAUGGCACACAACAUGGGUUUGAGACCAGAUUUGCUACUGAAUUUAACCUGCUGUGGCUUUCACCUAUCAUCUCUGACUGCUUGAAUUCUUACCUUACAGUGUGUCUGGAUUAGUAUUUAUUAUUUUGUAAUAUAUCCACUGCUCUUGUAUAUACUGCUACCUUGUACAGUAUUUGGCAGCAAUUCUGAAAUCUGAUUUUUCUGGGCAAAAGUCAGUUUCUUAAAUUAUCAGAAAUUUUAUUAUGGGCUAUAGAAAAUAAGAUUAGCAAAGUAACAAUAUUAACACUUUGCACUAAGUGAAAACAUUCCUCUCAUUCAAAGAAUAACUACUGGUUAUGUGGAGCUAGCUAACUUUAUCCUGUCAUAUUGGCCAUGAGAUACAUGAAAUGAAGAAAAAAUGAUGUGCAACGCAGUUUUCAGAUUCUUUGAUUGUAUCAAUUUUGUCCCAUCAGUCUCUAUUCAUUUCAACAUGUGCCAAAUGUUUAUAUUUUGUUGUUUCACAACAUAGAUUAGAAACUGUUCUUAUUUAAAGUUUAAUCUUUUAUAGUUUCACGUUAAUAGUAUACGGUGUGUUGCAAACAUUCAAUUAAUCAAUAAUUCUGUUGGUAACUGCAUAGAGUUUUUCCUAUAUCCUCUUGAUAAUGAUUAACAUAUGACAUUCUGUUGGGCCAUUUAUGCUGUGCUCACAUGGACUUAACAAGAUAGGCAGGAGUUGUAAUGCCAGUCUGUCUCCCAUUUAGGCAAGAGAAAAGAUGGCCUGAAACAGUAGAGUUUAAAUUUCAUCAAAAUACAGGAUAUUAAUUUAUUGUUGUUGCAUUUAUUUUUGUGAAGAAGGUUAGAAAGCCAUAUGAAUUUUCUAUGUCAAAUGCCCAAAUAUCUUGGAACAGAGGUGUCAAACUUGCAUCGUCAUGGCAUCGUCACGUGACAUAUCGGGACUUGUUCCCACUUUGCUAAACCGGGCGUGGGUGCAGUCAGCACGUGAUACAUCCAGCCCAUGGGCCCGGAGUUUGGCACCCUUGUCUUAGAAUUUUCCUGUUGGAUUUCUUCUAAUUUCAAUCAAUUUGAUGUGUUUGGGGAUUUUUUUCCUUUCAAUUUUUCAUCUCUUGUAUGAACUUGUUAGUGGUACUGGAUAAUAGAAUCAUUGCAUUGAUUAUGGUGGCUGAACUAAGGCUUUAGUGGCCAAAGUAAGAUCUCUUAUGUCUACUUAGAUCUAAUUUGCAAGGUGAUUGAACUUAAGAACACACUUUUUUCCCUUUCUUCCCACUUUAGUUUAUGAAGGCAAGGAUGAUUUUCUUUAAUCAUGUAUAUGCCAUAUGCGGUCUCUGAAAUCUGUUUUUUAAUUUCCACACAAAAUACCUAUGGCAGCGGUUCUCAACCUGUGGGUCGGGACCCCUUUGGGGGUCGAAUGACGAUUUGCCAGGGGUUGCCUAAGACCAUCGGAAAUAUGGGAAGUAUACUUGCGAGUCGAAGAAUCGCGCUCCAAUGGUUGACUCCACAAGCCAGCUGCAGGCUCUUCAAAUCGCUAGCCGAAUUCGGCUUCAGGCACGAUGAAUUAAAAAAGAGAGAAUCUUUGCUCUGAUGACUCCCUCUCAAGCCAGCUGCAAUCACUCCCAAUCGCUAGCCUAAUCUGGCUUCAGGCGCGAUAAACUUAAUAGGGGAGGAGUCUCCGCUUUAAUGCCUCCAUCCUCAAGGCAUUCGCAAGCAGUUCAGAUCGCUAGCCAAUACGGCUUCAGGUGCGAUAAAUUCAAAACGAAAAUAAUUUUAUGGUUGGGGUUGCCACAUCAUGGGGAAUUGUAUUAAAGGGGUCACCACAUCGUGGGGAAUUGUAUUAAAGGGGUCGCAGCACUGUAAAGGUUGAGAACCACUGACCUAUGGAAAUGCAGCAUUUUAACUUAUGAAAUACUUAAGACAUGUUUGGCUUUUUUCUUUUAAGUAUUGGCUACUUGCUGUUUGAAACAAAUGUGUAUCUCAGUUUUCCUCUUUCAUAGAAAGUGGUCUCCUAAUAUUAUUUUUUUGUAUUCUCUAUGAAUAUCAUGUGUAGUUCCUAAGAGGUAUGGUGCCAAGAAGAAAGAGGUUUCUCUUCUCUUUCAUCUCUUAUCAAACCAUUCUUUAAAAAUGCCAAUGAUGAAUGUGCCAAACUCUUUCUAUAUCCAAAGAGAUAUACUUUUUAUCCAUGGGGGAAAAUAUCCUCCUGGAAUUCCUAGAUCAGGGGUCUGCAAACUUGGCUCUGCUGGCUGAGGAACUCUGGGAGCUGAAGUCCACAAGUCUUAAAAGAGCCAAGUUUGCAGAUCCGUGACCUAGAUGAUUCUUGACAAAGGAUGUGGACAUUAAAGUCCUGUUUUUGACAUAAUCAUAAGUCUUGUUUGCUGUGCAUUUACGUAAUUUGUAGGACGUAAAUUCUUCAGAGAAGAAAAAGGCAAUUAGUCUGUUCUUAAUAAUUUUUGUUAAAUUUCUAAGUACAUUUUUCCUGAAUUUGACAGUAAAAUACAACUUUAGGACUCUAUGGGUGGCUUAUUGAGAGUGACAAAGGAUUCAUCUUUAAACCUGAAACUGAGGAAAGGGAUGCCGUUUCAAAAAUGCUUGGGUAAUGCUAAUGCCUUUUUUAAUUGAGUUGGCACUACUAUCAUAGUCCUACUAAAAGUGUUGUCAUUGAGAGAUGUAGGCACUCCCAACUUUGCGUGUUCCUCAUCAGCCAUUUCUUCCAUAAUAUUUUCAGGACACAGGCUAUCCAUAAAAGCAAACAUCACUAUUGACUUUGGUGAUACUAACUUCUGAUUCCAAUUUUCAAAAGUAUGCUUCAGUAUUUUUAAUGUUGAAAUGCACCAUUUUAUACAUCCCAGUUGUGGUAAUUCGUGGUUCAUCAGGCUUGUUUAUUUUCUUCUUUAAUUAAAAUCUUUUGUUCCCUUUUAUGUCCAAUUUUUAAAGUUGCUUAUAUUUAUUUUGUCCUGCAAAGUCCAAACAAAUCUAUUUCCGAUGGGAACAAUUCUUUAUAAUCAAUUCCAAAAUCUUAUUCCACAUUUAUCUGGAGCCUUAAUCUGUUUAUAAUUUUCUAGGAUCAAAAUCUUAUUUACUGUUUAUUUCAACUUUUUUUAAUAAAAAUCUUAAAUCUUAUGAUUAAUUUUUUCUUUCAUUAAAGAUUGAAGGAAUCACCUGUUUUUUCAGACCUGUCAAUCCAAAUGUCACUGAUAGCUUAUAAGAAAUUUUAACAAGCAAUUUCUCAUUUGUGACUUCAUUGUGAUUAUUAAAGGAAGUUUUCAAAGUUAGGACUUUUAAAAUGCACUAACUGUGAUUACAAGCAAGAUAGCUAUUCCUGUCAUCUCCCACUUCUAAAAGCCCAUUGUUGUCUUGAAGUUUCUUCAUGAGGAUCAACUGUUCAGAGCACAUGUGGGCAAUCUCCUGUCCUCUCCUUCUCCAGAGAGGUUUUGAACAGAAAGUCUACUUACUGAUUCUGUUUUCACUGUGUCAUCAGCCCUGCUUUUCACAGAGCCAUCUUUAAUCUGCCAUUUCUUCCCCCUGAAGUCUUAUUUUUUUCAGCUGAAAUCAGCUUCUUAUGUAUAUAAACAAUUGCAGUAUAUGGCUACUUAUGGUUUUUGGUACAAAACAUUCUUCCAUCUUGUAGUUUGGAUUCAGGGAAAAUGUCCUUAGAUGUCAAACUCUGAAUUUCUUCUUUGACGUUCUGAAAUAUUUUUGUUUAAUUAACAGGUGAUUGUGCUUUUUUCAUGAAUGACUGUACAGGAAAGAGAAAUUGGCUUUUAUUGAUAGGAAGGUGAGCACUAUUAAGCAAGACAAGUAGUAUUAUGGCAUUCAGGAUGGUAGAGAGUAUCUUGGAGGGUUUUUUGCUUCUGGUAAAUGGAUGUUUUGUAACUAGUCAUGUUGGCUGUGGAAGCAGUUUUGUGAAUACACAAGUAUAUUUGAGUGAUUUUGAGUGUAUAUAUCACAUUUCUCAAAAUUCCAAAUAUAGCGUCCAGUCCAGAAAGAUUCCUCGCUUACACUAUAGAUAUUGUUAUAGAGGAUUAGAUCUAAAAGAUAGCAGAUGUCAGUAAAAAAAAUAGCUUGGCCUCACCAGAGUUAUAUAGAAUGGCUUUGCUUUUGCCAAAGAGCAAGGCCAAUGAAGACUCCUUCCAAAAAUUUUGGAGAGCUUCUACUACUCUGAAUAGCUUGUACAGGCUGGUUUGAUCACUGGUCUGGCAUACUCUUUUCUUGAAUAACAUACUCUUCAUACUCUUUUCUUGAAUAACAUCAGCAGUUAAAUUUAGUUAGGCAUCAGGAGAUGUCCUCAGAUCCAGAUACUACCAAAGUGUCAGGCUAAUUCUUAAAAACCUCAUUCCAAUAGACCAUGUUUUCCUCAGCAUCAGGCACCUUAGGGGUUAUUUUGUCUCAAGCAUCUUAAUAAUGGCUUCUAUUUUUUUUCAAAGGAGCCAAUGGCAGCUAAAAUGUCUCAUGAGCUAAGUAACUCCACAGCAACCUGAGAUUCUAUGUUUGUCUGCUAACUGUGCUUCCAUUGUAAGCUUUGGAUCAUAUCUUCUAAGACCAAGCAAGACAAUCAAGCAAACAUCAGGCACAAGAGCCUGAGACUAUCUUCCUUAUGUGAUGAUGAUAACAGUUUAACUGAUUUCAUUAGGAGGCUUCAUAACGACCUUGUCUAUUUAUUUGUUAUUUCAUUGCUUUGCCACUGAUGGAAUUAUUUAUCACAGUUCCAUUUCUUUGUUUUUAAUUAGGAAAUAACAGGGAUCAGAUCACCUUAACUAAUUAUGUAUAUGUACAAAUACAAAUUGCAUCAGUUCCCCAAUUAAAUAUGAAAAUUAUUGAGAAUUUUUAAAUUAAAAAGAGAGCUGUAAAAACCUAGUGGAUUGGUUUUAUACCGGAUGGUAAUACAACACCCCAGUUUAUGGCAUGGAAGUAAUAAUAGCAGGGAGUAGCAUAGGUUCCAGAGGUAACAAAUUCUUCGCAACAUGUUGAAUUUUUUAAGCAUAUGUUGGAGUGAUGUUAUUACUCAGUUGUAAUUGUCACAAAUUACAGCAUGUAUGUGCCCUUGCAAUUGUUUCACCCUAUUUACAGUACAUGUGGCAAGUACAGAAAUGGAGCAUUACAUUCAAUCUACUGCCUUCUAUCCAAAUCAGUACUUGAGUAGUUCCAUUACAAAAUUGGGCUAUCAACCUAUUACCCUUGUUCACUCAUGUUUUUCCUCCUCAAGCUAGUGUGCAGGGGCUUGACUCUAUUCAUCGUUAUUCACUAGAUGAGAAGAUGCAUUAACAACAGAAAAAUGGGGCUUAAAUGGCUUAAGUAAAUGUUAUCAGCCACAAAUAAAUUAUUUUAAACAUUCAAAAAAUGUUUUGAUAGAUUGAAAAAUUGUGAGAAAAACCUUUAUAGAAAACUGAUAAUUGGAAACUGUUCUUAAGAGCAAUUAUCUUAUUACUGCUUCUGCACUGACAUUUCUUUAUAGCUCUUUAUCUGGAUAUCAGACACUUAUCUUAAAUAUGGAGCAGCUAAAACUUAUUUCACAUAGCAAAAAUCAUAAUGAUAUUUGCAUUAGACUAGAGCAGAGGUCUUCAAACUUGGCAGCUUUAAGACUUGUGGAUUUCAACUCCCAGAAUCUCCAGCCAGCUAUGCUGGGAGUUGAAGUCCACAAGUCUUAAAGCUGCCAAGUUUGAAGACCUCUGGACUCUAAUUUUAACCAUAUAAUUCUUUGGUUUCUUGACUGAGUCAUAUAAUAUAUAAGUCCUAGAUAGGAGAAAAAUAUUUUUCCUGCAAUUUUCAUUAUUCCCAUCCCUUCAUUCCAGUCUGGGCCCUCUAACUUAAGCACUUUUAAAAUGGGAAAUCCAAAUUCCAGUUGCAAAGUGAGUUUACUACUGUAUCUAGGCGUAUUUUGGGCUUGAAUGCAAUGGAAAACAAAAAUGUUGUUUUUUUAAAAAAGUUUUUACCUUCUUGCUCUCUUGUGUUUCUUGGGCUGCUGAAUUAUUGUAAAGAUGAGAGAAGUGGAAAUAUCAGAUAGGUGGCAGUCACUGUAUGGCAAAUCCUGCAAAGAAGUCCUUUAUUUAAGGCAGUAGCCUUUAUAGUAGGCAAAUAUAAUGUUAGAAAAAAAUGUUUUCAUAACUUUGAAGCUUUUUUGCACUUUCAUUCAUUUGCACUUGUUCGGUUUGUCUUUUGAUAUUUGCACUUUUGUGUUUUCAUUAAUGGAAAUACUACAAUUGUAUCUAGUGCAGCUAUUCUGGAACACUGUGUCCUGAUUAUGCAGAAGGUUAAUCUAAAAGAAAAAAGCAAGAUGUGAUAUGUUUUGUCAGUGUAUUACAAUAACAAUAAUUUAUUAUGUUAUUGUUAUUAUGGAAUUAUUCAAAUGAUGUCAAAUGGAUGUUUUUGUUGUUCUGAUUUUAUGAAUCAUUUAUUUAAUAAUGUAUGUAAAAUAAAAUGAACAAAAUGAAUACAAUUAAUAGAAUUAUUACAUGUUUAAAAGAGUAGAUUUCAGUUUACUGGAGCAAAAGAAGCACCUCUAUGGGGGAGGUGCCACUAUAGAAAAGGCAGAACUCCUGGAUCCAGUAAACUGACAGUGAUAGAAGGGACUUGAAGCAUACUUUCCAUGCCAGAAAGGUGGGGCAUGCUUAGCAAUAGAUACAUUGUAAAUGUGCUUGAGUUACCUUGAAGUGAAAUCUGACUGCGAUUUCAUGCACUAUGUCAUCCUUCUUCAAGUGACCUCCAAAUAUGCUAGCCUGAAAAGGUGGGAGUUGUGGUUGUAGCAAGAACACUUCAAGGUCAUUAGAUUGGGGGAGGCUGCAUUAUAUGAUUUUUUCAAUUGCUGUGUUCCCACUUGGAGGCCAAAAUGCUGAACAUGCAUCCGAGAAUUAAAAAUAGUAAUUAGAGCCAGAAAAAACAAGAAAACAAGGAACAUGUUCAGGAUUUUUUCAGAGAAAGUUUUUUAUCUAAACAAAACAAGAUAAAAGAACGAAAAUAUAAGAUACUGUUGUUUUUUCUUAAACUUUCUUACUCUGUAUUAAUGUCUACAUACACUCAAAGUGAAAUCCUUGAACAUUUAAUGUUGACUACUAUGCAUUUGAAGACUUGUGGUAAUUCCAGAGUUCAAUCAGUUAACAAAUUAAAGUACAUAAUUUGUACAUUAAAGUAGCGGUCACCAACCGGUGGUCCGCGGACCACUGGUAGUCUGUGAGAAAAUUUUGUUGUCCAUGGAGAAAUCUUCGUAUUUUUGUCGGUGCACCCUGGUGGAGGAGUUGCAGCGCAAGCAAGCCGAAGCAGCGAUUGUGAUGGCUGGAAGCUAUGGGAGC